UCUUCACAAAAUUGUUCAGAAAGUUGUGAAAAGCAGUUGAACUACAAACCAAGCACUCAGUGGAAAAUAUUUAAUUUUCAUCAAAUAUAUAAGUGAAAAAAAAAAAAUCAAUUUAUAAGUAGGCAUUGAAUAAAAAGUAAAUUAAAGUAUAUAUACCUACAAAUCGAAAAAGAAAUUUAUUUGUUUUGAUAAAACUAUCAAGAAAAUCCAACAAUGCAGAUCUUCGUGAAGACUUUAACUGGCAAGACCAUUACAUUAGAAGUUGAGCCCUCUGACACUAUUGAAAAUGUCAAGGCCAAGAUCCAAGAUAAGGAGGGUAUUCCCCCAGAUCAACAGCGUUUAAUCUUUGCCGGAAAACAAUUGGAAGACGGACGAACUUUGUCCGAUUACAACAUCCAAAAAGAAUCAACUCUGCAUUUAGUGUUGCGUCUGCGUGGUGGUAUGCAGAUUUUUGUCAAGACUUUGACUGGCAAAACAAUUACAUUGGAGGUUGAGCCUUCUGACACUAUUGAAAAUGUUAAAGCUAAAAUUCAGGACAAAGAAGGUAUCCCUCCAGAUCAACAGCGUUUGAUCUUUGCCGGCAAGCAGUUGGAAGAUGGACGCACACUUUCUGAUUACAAUAUUCAAAAAGAAUCAACCUUGCAUUUAGUUUUGCGUCUGCGUGGUGGUAUGCAGAUUUUUGUUAAGACACUUACUGGCAAGACAAUUACCCUGGAGGUUGAGCCAUCUGAUACAAUUGAAAACGUUAAAGCUAAAAUCCAAGAUAAGGAAGGUAUCCCCCCAGACCAACAGCGUUUGAUUUUCGCUGGAAAGCAAUUGGAGGACGGACGCACAUUGUCCGAUUACAACAUCCAAAAAGAAUCUACCCUUCAUUUGGUCCUCCGUCUCCGUGGUGGUAUGCAAAUUUUCGUUAAGACUUUAACUGGUAAGACCAUCACCUUGGAGGUUGAACCAUCUGACACCAUCGAGAACGUCAAGGCCAAGAUCCAAGAUAAGGAAGGUAUUCCUCCAGACCAACAGCGUUUGAUCUUCGCUGGAAAGCAGUUGGAAGACGGUCGUACUUUGUCCGACUAUAACAUCCAGAAGGAGUCGACCCUUCACUUGGUCCUCCGUCUUCGUGGUGGUAUGCAGAUCUUCGUUAAGACUUUGACCGGUAAGACCAUCACCUUGGAAGUCGAACCAUCUGACACCAUUGAGAACGUCAAGGCCAAGAUUCAAGACAAGGAAGGUAUUCCCCCAGACCAACAGCGUUUGAUCUUCGCUGGAAAGCAAUUGGAGGACGGACGCACAUUGUCCGAUUACAACAUCCAGAAAGAGUCGACCCUUCAUUUGGUCCUCCGUCUCCGUGGUGGUAUGCAGAUCUUCGUUAAGACUUUGACCGGCAAGACUAUUACCUUGGAAGUUGAACCUUCUGACACCAUUGAGAACGUCAAGGCCAAGAUCCAAGAUAAGGAAGGUAUUCCUCCAGACCAACAGCGUUUGAUCUUCGCUGGAAAGCAGUUGGAAGAUGGUCGUACUUUGUCCGACUAUAACAUCCAGAAGGAGUCGACCCUUCACUUGGUCCUCCGUCUUCGUGGUGGUAUGCAGAUCUUCGUUAAGACUUUGACCGGUAAGACCAUCACCUUGGAAGUCGAACCAUCUGACACCAUUGAGAACGUCAAGGCCAAGAUUCAAGACAAGGAAGGUAUUCCCCCAGACCAACAGCGUUUGAUCUUCGCUGGAAAGCAAUUGGAGGACGGACGCACAUUGUCCGAUUACAACAUCCAGAAAGAGUCGACCCUUCAUUUGGUCCUCCGUCUCCGUGGUGGUAUGCAGAUCUUCGUUAAGACUUUGACCGGCAAAACCAUCACCUUGGAAGUCGAACCAUCUGACACUAUUGAAAACGUCAAGGCCAAGAUCCAAGAUAAGGAAGGUAUUCCUCCAGACCAACAGCGUUUGAUUUUCGCUGGAAAGCAGUUGGAAGACGGUCGUACUUUGUCCGACUACAACAUCCAGAAGGAGUCGACCCUUCAUUUGGUCCUCCGUCUCCGUGGUGGUAUGCAGAUCUUCGUUAAAACUUUGACCGGCAAGACCAUCACCUUGGAGGUUGAACCUUCUGAUACCAUUGAAAAUGUAAAGGCCAAGAUCCAAGACAAGGAAGGUAUCCCACCAGACCAACAGCGUUUGAUCUUUGCCGGAAAGCAGUUGGAGGAUGGACGUACUUUGUCCGACUACAACAUCCAAAAAGAGUCGACUCUUCAUUUGGUCCUCCGUCUUCGUGGUGGUAUGCAGAUCUUCGUCAAAACUUUGACUGGCAAGACCAUCACUCUGGAAGUCGAACCAUCCGACACCAUCGAGAACGUCAAGGCCAAGAUCCAGGAUAAGGAAGGUAUUCCCCCAGACCAACAACGUUUGAUCUUCGCCGGAAAGCAAUUGGAAGACGGACGCACUUUGUCCGACUACAACAUCCAAAAGGAGUCGACCCUUCAUUUGGUCCUCCGUCUUCGUGGUGGUAUGCAGAUCUUCGUCAAGACUUUGACCGGCAAGACCAUCACCCUGGAAGUCGAGCCAUCCGACACCAUCGAGAAUGUCAAGGCCAAGAUCCAAGACAAAGAAGGUAUUCCCCCAGACCAACAGCGUUUGAUCUUUGCCGGAAAGCAGUUGGAGGAUGGACGUACUUUGUCCGACUACAACAUCCAAAAAGAGUCGACCCUUCAUUUGGUCCUCCGUCUUCGUGGUGGUAUGCAGAUCUUCGUCAAAACUUUGACUGGCAAGACCAUCACUCUGGAAGUCGAACCAUCCGACACCAUCGAGAACGUCAAGGCCAAGAUUCAGGAUAAGGAAGGUAUUCCCCCAGACCAACAACGUUUGAUCUUCGCCGGAAAGCAAUUGGAAGACGGACGCACUUUGUCUGACUACAACAUCCAAAAAGAGUCGACCCUUCAUUUGGUCCUCCGUCUCCGUGGUGGUAUGCAAAUCUUCGUUAAAACUUUGACUGGCAAAACCAUCACUUUGGAAGUCGAACCAUCCGACACCAUUGAGAACGUCAAGGCCAAGAUCCAAGAUAAGGAAGGUAUCCCUCCAGACCAACAGCGUUUGAUCUUUGCCGGAAAGCAGUUGGAGGAUGGACGUACAUUGUCCGACUACAACAUCCAGAAGGAGUCUACCCUUCACUUGGUCCUCCGUCUCCGUGGUGGUAUGCAGAUCUUCGUCAAGACUUUGACCGGCAAGACCAUCACUUUGGAAGUCGAACCAUCCGACACCAUUGAAAAUGUUAAAGCCAAGAUCCAGGACAAGGAAGGUAUUCCCCCAGACCAGCAACGUUUGAUCUUCGCCGGAAAGCAGUUGGAAGAUGGACGCACUUUGUCCGAUUACAACAUCCAGAAGGAGUCCACCCUUCAUUUGGUCCUCCGUCUCCGUGGUGGUAUGCAGAUCUUCGUAAAGACUUUGACCGGCAAAACUAUUACCUUGGAAGUCGAACCUUCUGACACCAUUGAAAAUGUUAAGGCCAAGAUCCAAGACAAGGAAGGUAUUCCCCCAGACCAACAGCGUUUGAUCUUUGCCGGUAAACAGUUGGAGGAUGGACGCACUUUGUCCGAUUAUAACAUCCAGAAAGAGUCGACCCUCCAUUUGGUCCUUCGUCUCCGUGGUGGUAUGCAGAUCUUCGUCAAAACUUUGACCGGCAAGACCAUCACCUUGGAAGUCGAACCAUCCGACACCAUCGAGAAUGUCAAGGCCAAGAUCCAAGAUAAGGAAGGUAUUCCUCCAGACCAACAACGUUUGAUCUUCGCCGGCAAGCAGUUGGAAGACGGACGCACUUUGUCCGAUUACAAUAUCCAAAAGGAAUCGACUCUUCACUUGGUAUUGCGUCUUCGCGGAGGAGCAUUUUAAAGUAUUUCCGUAAAUAAAAUUCAAAAUUGAUCUUCAUACACAGUAGUUCUUUUUUUUAGAUUAACGCAUCAAUUCAAUUCUUUAUUUUGUUUCAAGAUGCUUUUACAAGUUCUGAUAAAUUGUAUUACAACUUUUUUGUUAAAUUCAAUAAACAAUGUUACGAUUCGAUAAUUAA